CGGGGGCCGCGCUCCGCCCCUCGCCGUGCGUCAGGUUAAAGGCCGUGCGGAGGCUCGCCUGCCGCUAGUCUAUCACCAUGUGGCGCUGGGGCGGGCGGCGCGGGCUGCGAGCUGUGCACGGACUCCACGGCGGGGCACACCACAAAGUAUGGAGGUGGAAGAGUGACCAGGUUUGUGAGAGAGCUCUGCAGUAUAAAGUAGGAGAAAAGAUCCAUGGGUUCACCAUAAACCAGGUCACAUCUGUUCCAGAAUUGUUCCUGACAGCUGUGAAGCUCAGUCAUGAUAAUACAGGAGCCAGGUACCUGCACCUGGCCAGGGAAGACAAAAACAACUUGUUCAGUGUACAGUUCCGCACUACUCCAAUGGAUAGUACAGGGGUUCCACAUGUUCUUGAGCAUACUGUCCUUUGUGGUUCUCAGAAGUAUCCAUGUAGAGAUCCUUUCUUCAAGAUGCUAAACAGGUCAUUGUCCACCUUUAUGAAUGCUUUCACAGCCAGUGAUUACACCAUGUAUCCAUUUUCUACACAAAAUGCCAAGGAUUUCCAGAAUCUCCUCUCAGUGUAUUUGGAUGCAACCUUUUUCCCAUGCCUACGGGAACUAGAUUUCUGGCAGGAAGGAUGGCGACUGGAACAUGAGAAUCCAAGUGACCCCCAAACCCCUUUGAUCUUUAAAGGAGUUGUCUUUAAUGAGAUGAAGGGAGCUUUUACAGAUAAUGAGAGGAUAUUCUCACAGAAACUCCAGAAUAAACUUCUUCCUGACCACACAUACUCCGUGGUUUCUGGUGGUGACCCGCUGUGCAUCCCAGAGCUCACGUGGGAGCAGUUGAAACAGUUCCAUGCUACGCACUAUCACCCAAGUAAUGCCAGGUUCUUCACUUAUGGUAAUUUUCACCUGGAACAACACCUGAAACAAAUUCAUGAAGAAGCACUGAGUAAAUUUCAGAAAAUUGAACAAAGUACUGCAGUGCCGGCCCAGAAGCCCUGGGAUAAACCAAGGGAAUUUCAUAUAACUUGUGGUCCAGAUUCAUUGGCUGCAGAUGCCUCUAAGCAGACAACUGUCAGCAUUAGCUUCCUUUUACCAGAAAUCACAAAUACAUCUGAAGCCUUCACAUUGAACCUUCUGUCUUCUCUCCUGAUUUCUGGGCCUAAUUCCCCCUUUUAUAAAGUUUUAAUUGAGUCUGGACUUGGUACAGACUUUUCUCCUGAUGUUGGAUACAAUGGCUACACGAGGGAGGCCUACUUCAGUGUUGGCCUCCAAGGAAUUGCAGAGAAAGAUGUUCAGAUCGUCAAGGAGCUCAUAGACAGGACAAUAGAUGAUGUAAUUGAGAAAGGAUUCGAAGAUGAUCGGAUUGAAGCUUUGCUUCAUAAAAUUGAAAUACAAAUGAAACACCAGUCUACCAGCUUUGGACUUGCCCUGACAUCAUAUAUAGCUUCUUGCUGGAAUCAUGAUGGGGACCCUGUGAAGCUCUUGCAGAUAGGAAAUCAGUUAAAUAAAUUCAGGAAGUGUCUUAAGGAAAAUCCAAAAUUCUUGCAAGAAAAAGUAGAACAGUAUUUUAAGAACAAUCAGCAUAAGCUGACCUUGUCAAUGAAACCAGACAACAAGUAUUAUGAGAAACAAACUCAAAUGGAAACAGAAAAACUAAAGCAGAAAGUCAGUUCUCUCUCCCAGGAAGACAAGUGGCAGAUCUAUGAGAAAGGUUUAGAAUUACGGGCUCAACAAAGUAAACCUCAAGAUGCCUCCUGUCUCCCAGCAUUAAAAGUCUCUGACAUAGAGCCUACCAUGCCUUUUACCAAGUUCGACAUCGCCUUGGCAGCUGGAGAUGUCCCUGUGCAGUAUUGUGCCCAACCCACCAAUGGCAUGGUAUACUUUCGAACCUUCUCUAGUUUAAACACCCUUCCCGAAGAGCUGAGGCCCUAUGUGCCUCUCUUCUGCAGUGUUCUGACCAAGCUGGGCUGCGGCAUUCUUGACUACAGAGAGCAAGCCCAACAAAUAGAACUGAAGACAGGAGGCAUGACUGUUUCACCCUAUGUGCUCCCUGAUGAGUCACACCUGGACACCUAUGAACAGGGUGUCCUCUUUUCAUCUCUCUGCCUAGAACGGAACCUGCCAGACAUGAUGCAUCUAUGGACUGAAAUAUUUAAUAACCCGUGCUUUGAAGAAGAAGAGCACUUCAAAGUGUUGGUUAAGAUGGCUGCACAGGAGCUAUCCAAUGGAAUUCCAGACUCUGGGCAUCUUUAUGCAGCCUUCAGAGCAAGCAAGACACUCACACCUGCAGGGGACUUACAGGAGACCUUCAGUGGGAUGGAUCAGGUAAGGUUGAUGAAGAGAAUUGCAGAAAUGACAGACAUCAAACCAAUUCUGAGAAAGCUCCCCCGGAUCAAGAAAUACCUACUGAAUUGUGAUAACAUGAGAUGCUCAGUGAAUGCUACUCCUCAGCAGAUGACUCAAGCAGAAAAAGAGGUGGAAAACUUUCUUAGGAAUGUCGGUCGGAGUAAGAAGGAACGCAAGCCUGUCCGCCCACAUAUCGUGGAGAAACCUGCACAUGGUGACUCAGCUGGAAGUGCACAUGUUAAUGGCUGUCAGAUCAUAAGAAAGCUGGUAAUAGAUCCCACCUUCAAACCCUGCCAGAUGAAGACACAUUUCCUACUUCCCUUCCCAGUGAAUUAUGUUGGCGAGUGUGUUAGAACUGUCCCUUACGCAGAUCCAGAUCAUGCCAGCCUUAAGAUCCUUGCUCGUUUGAUGUCAGCUAAAUUCUUACAUGCGGAAAUUCGAGAGAAGGGGGGUGCCUAUGGUGGAGGUGCAAAACUCAGCCAUAAUGGAAUCUUCACUCUUUACUCUUACAGGGAUCCAAAUUCAGUAGAAACACUCCAGUCUUUUGGGAAAGCCAUAGACUGGGCUAAAUCUGGAAAAUUCACAGAGCAGGACAUCGAUGAAGCCAAGCUUUCUGUUUUCUCUGCUAUAGAUGCUCCAGUUGCUCCGUCUGACAAAGGAAUGGACCACUUCUUGUAUGGCCUAUCAGAUGAGAUGAAGCAGGCAUACAGAGAACAACUCUUUGCUGUCAGCCAUGACAAACUGACCACUGUGAGCAAUAAGUAUCUUGGCAUUGGGAAGAGUACACAUGGACUGGCUAUUCUGGGACCAGAGAAUGCAAAAAUUGCCAAGGACCCAUCAUGGAUAGUAAGAUAAUGGCUCUCAUGCAUUGCUGACUAUACUUAUUAGGAACUCAGUGCAUAUGUAUAGGCUUUUAAAAGUUAAGCCUAUGAGCUAAAUUUGACUUAAGCAAUCAUGAGAUCUUUAAGAGAGGUCAUUUUCAACAACCAAUAUGUUUUGCAUAUUGCUGUUACUUCGUUUUUCAAAAAUCAAGUUAGAUCAUACUGAAAAACUUAGCCAAACACAGUAAACCACAUCACACAUACUCACUGCUCACAGUUACUAACUGGCAAGUUGGACAAGAACUCUUCUAUCUUAAAGAAAAUGCAGUGAUUAUGAAGAUAUUAAAGUGAUCAUGCAUUCAGUACCAAAUAUGAGCUAGAAUUUUAAAAUUUUACUAAUCCUACAACAUUUAUUUUAAAAAUAAAAGUCAAUUCUGACCUA